AUGCCAUCAUCACAAUCCCGCGACCACCCUAAACCCCGUCCUACAGUUGGUUUUGGCUUCACCUGUCUGACAGAACGAGAUGGAAUAGAUAGACCCCAGUGCAUGCUGUGCAAUUUGGUAAUGAGCAAUGGAAAUUUGAAGCCAUCAGGACUGAAGGAACAUCUCGAAAGCAAACACAAAGAUCAUGUUGGCACAUCAAUUGAGGCUUUUAAGUUGAAAAGAGUUCGUUAUGAUCAGAAAGCAACUCUUUCAUCAUAUGGGUUUUCUGCUCCAAGAAAACCUCUUCUGGAAGCCUCCUACAAAGUUUCGUACAUGAUUGCCAGAGAAAAGAAGCCACACACAAUUGGGGAGACUCUCGUGAAACCCUGUGCGCUAGAGAUGGCUAAAAUUGUGCUGGGAGAGGAUGCCGCGAAGAAAUUAAGUCAGGUAUCCGUGUCCAACGACACUGUGCACCAGAGAAUUAAAGACAUGAGUCAGAACAUAAUAACCCAAGUUGUCAGCGAGAUAAAACAAAGUCCUGCAAAAAUCAGCAUGCAGAUCGAUGAAUCAACUGACGUUUCAAACCACAGUCAAUUGCUUGUAUUUGUACGAUAUGUACAUGAAAAGAACAUCAAGGAAGAGUUUUUAUUCUGUGAACGACUCGAAACCACAACCAAAGCAGUUGACGUAUUCAAGCUGAUCCAAUCUUUCUUUGAUCGUCAUGAGCUGGCAUGGGAUUUGAUUGGGUCUAUUUGUACGGAUGGCGCUCCUGCCCUGAUUGGCAAGAUAUCUGGAUUCGUUGCUAUAGUCAAAGAGAAAGCUCCACAUGUGCUCACCACCCACUGUGUUUUACAUCGCCAAGCUCUAGCAUCCAAAACCUUGCCAAAGAUACUGAAAGAAGCGAUGGGAAUAGUUGUGCAAACAGUCAACUUCAUUCGUGGACGUGCAUUGAAUCAGCGGCUGUUUAAAAAAUUCUGUGACGAGAUUGGAGCGGAACACGGAGUGUUACUGUACCACACAGAGGUACGUUGGCUGAGUCGUGGCAGUGUUCUCACACGUGUAGUGGAACUUCAGGAUGAAAUUCUCGAAUUUCUCAAGCAUCAACAAUCCCCUCUAGCAAAGCACUUUGAAGAUGAACAUUUCAUUGUUAGCCUGGGAUAUUUGGCUGAUAUUUUCAGUCUUCUCAAUGAUUUGAACACAUCAAUGCAAGGAAGGGAUGUGGACAUCAUUCAAGCCAGGGGCAAAGUCGUCGCAUUCACAAGGAAAUUACCCAUCUGGUGUCGCCGUGUUGAAAGUGGUAACCUGGCAAACUUUCCAAACCUUGACAAUAUCCUUACUAAAGAUGAUACUAAUGAUCUUUGCAUGGAAUCGGUUUGGAUACAAAACCCUUUCUCAUUUGAUGUAUCGAGACUGAGUGAUAACGAUUUAGCAAAGGAUGAUUUCAUUGAAUUCCAAGAGGACCCAAGAAAGAAAGCUGAUUUCGAAAGGGCUGGGAUGGAUGUCAAGCAGUUUUGGUGUGAACAAAUCUCAGCUUACCCAAGCUUGGCAAUGAGAGCAAUGAACGUUUUGGUUCCCUUCACAACCACGUAUCUCUGUGAAAUAGGAUUCUCUGCAUUAUUAAAUAUGAAAUCAAAGUGGAGAAAUAGACUUGAUGUGUCAGAUGACAUGCGAGUAGCUUUGUCAGCAACUGUACCACGAUUCGAUGUUUUGAUUGCAUAAAAACAACAGCAAAUAUCUCACUAGGCUAGUAAAAGUAUGUUUUAUGUUGUCGAUUUUGGAAAAAAAAAUUACAUUUAUUUUCUCUUUUUUCUUUUGUGUAAUAAAAAUGGACUGUAACUUUAAUUUUGUUUUCACUAGAAAUGUAAUAAAAUGAUCAAUGCUUAUGAUUUUUUCAUGUUCUAUUCCUCGCAAUCCAUAUCUAAAGUACAGGAUAUUCAAGGUACUGACAUAUUUGGAAGACAUACUGGCAAAUAAUAGGAUUGGUAAUAAUUAUUUCAACAGUCAAGUGAAGGGGGUAUGGUACCAUAUUGGACAAUCCAUUGGGGGUCUGGAAUCAUUCGAAGGUUAAGAACCCCUGGUCUAGAGGUACAGAGUGCUUCUAAAGUACAACUUCCGUUUGGCUCCUUGUCCCCCGUUGGCAACUCAUUUCUCAUGAAUGCAUCUUCCCUCACUCCUCGCAUCAUUUCUCACCUUCUGUUUUCGUCCCCUACUUCGACUAUACAAUCCGACUCCUCUUUCGUCGGUCUCAAUACAAUGUGUAUGGCAUUUUUCUUGCAGUAUCCGUUUCAUCAUCAAUGGCUCUCACCUUCGUUUGCUGCUGGAUCUACAUUCGCAGUGGCAUGAUUUCAGAACUCCCUCUUCCUGAUUAUCCCGUGGCUGUUUGAAUUUCACCACUAUCUCAUUCUCGUUACAGCAGCAUGACCUCUUUUUCCCUUCACAAGUCUGGCUGCGAAGUCUAUAUGGAGGGUUGCUGGAUUGUCCACGGGAUCAUCAACCGAACACCCUGCAGGCUCACGUCAAACGAGGGAUUAGUCAUUCAUUUUGACCCUGGUGAGGCGGCGGAACUUCUUUCCCUUGCUCAAAACGACCAGCCAUCUUCCACAGCUCCUCGACAAUCGCCACCUCCUCAUCCACAGACUCCUCCCAGGUGUCAGUCUCCUCCUAGAGGCACCACGGCCAAUCCACCCCUCCCCAGCUCCCAACGCCUUUGCCUUUACCAAAGACUCUGCCUCCCCUUCCUCCGGCUAGACGGCCCGUUCAACAAUCGACCCCCCCACCUAGCCACCCCUACUGGCCACUACAACAAACAGUUACACUUCAGUGAGAGCCCAUAAGACUUAUCGCCCACAAACCCAACAAUGGUCCUCUUUUGUGUCAAACCCCAAUCACCCUUGCAUCACAUCAUCAGGUCACCCGGACUUCCGACAACACAAUCCAUCCCGUUCAAAGACGCCACCCGGUAAACAAGGGCCCACGCCACGCCGUCAUAAUGCCCAACCACCGUCAACAAGCCAUGCAAAACGUCCUCGUUUCCCACAAAAUGCCCGUACAUUUUCGCCUACCCCUCCUCUUCCUCCUCGUCCUGACUUUUCAUUGAUGUCCAAAACUGACCUAAUUGCCCGGUUUCGUCAGUAUACUCGCCGCAGCCGGUCUCCCAAAUGACGAAAGACCUUUGCCUCUUCCCGUUUGAAGCUUCAACACCAAAAAUUUUGAAAAUCUCUAGUCUCCUGAUCUCAACAGUUGUAACCAUCCCAUGUCCUUAAAAAAAACCUUUUCUCUUGCGAUGCUAUUAUUCUACUUUUUUGACAAGGCACAAGUUCCCCUUUUGCCUUCUCACAAGGGCAUGUAUACGAACUACAGCAUCGUCAUGAGAAAGUCAAGCUGAAAGCAUGAUGGAACAAAAAGGGACUCUGAAAGUCACAAGUUGCGACAGACAUGGGAUGGGCGCACUCAGCGCGACUAUCCUCUUCUCUGUUCAUACUAAGAUGCUCCUCCUGAACAA